AUGUUACCUAAUGAUGAGCAAUAGAGAAUAUACUAAAUGUUCUAAUAAAUGGCUGGACCUGAUCCGUAUGGUAGAAUGCUUCAAGUGCCAAAUUCUCCGUAUUAUUCUUGCUGGGGCCCUCCAUUUCCUUAACCAAUUAUGGCACCACCACCCCAAAAUCAAAAAUUCUAAUUCCCUGAACAGUUUACGCAUGAAUAAGCACUUUAGAUGAACUAACUUCAACCCAAUUAAAGUGGAUUAAACCUAAAUGGAAUUAACUAAGGUUUAUAAAACAUGCCUCCGAUGCCCAUGGGUUUACCUCCUGGUUUUGGGAUGCCCCCAUUAGGUCCUGGUUAAAUGCCAUAAGGACCUUUGGGAGCUGGAUCUAUGGGACCAUCUCCAAUGGGUGGAAUAAGUGGAAUGGGUGGAAUGGGUGGAAUUAAUGGGAUGGCACCAGGUAGUAUGCAAUUACCUGGGAUGGGUCCAAUACCAUAAGGACCCAUAGGUUAAAUACCUCCUUUUGAUUUUUAAUUCAAGCAAUAACCACCAAUGCAAUCACCGAUGAAUCCAAAUUAAGUUAUGGCACCGUAAUAGCAACCAUUAUAAUAACAACAUAUACAGUAACAACCGCAGUUAUAAUAAUAAUAAGCUCCUUCUUCAUAACCAUAGUAACAAUCUUCAGGAUAAACAAAUUAAACCAAUAAUAAUGUACCUCAAUAAAAUUUGGAAUAAGGUACUCAUAAAUCUUUAUAUAAAUAGGAUUCUCACAAGUGGUGAAUGAGUUUUAACUUAAAAUUUUAAACAUGUUUGUUAUGCAAAACCAAAUGCUGUUGGAUUUUAAGAAUAAGAAUGCGAAUUUGGAAAAUACCAUUACUUCAAUAUUAGAUGAAAUAACAAAUCUAUAAAAAAUUGUUGAGUCAAAAUUUGAUAAUAUACAAGCAGAUGAUUUCAUGAGUAGAUGUAAAUCAAAAAUAUUUAUCCUUAGUAUCAAUACCAAAUUAAGAAAUGACAUAAAAUAAUAUUUUAUUGAAGUCAUUAUAAUGUAACUAGAGUGAUUUUCAAUAUUAAUUAGUAUUGACAAAUGAUUUGGAAUAGCCAUUAUUUAAAGAUAAAAACUUCAAUUUAAAUAUUGCUCUUAAAGACAUGAAAGGAAUGAAUAUAAAAAACCAUAAUAAAAUAGAAUUGGAGGUUCAAUUGUAUUCUUCAGAUGAUAAGCCUGUGCUUUUGAUAUCAAAUUCUUAAAACUAAGCCAUUCUGAGGUAACCUGAAGAUAAUAUAUGGCUAGAAGAGGGAAUAUCAAAUAUCGAAAAAUUACAAAUAAAUGAAGUUACUUCUCAUUAUUAGAAUGGCUGGAUAUAUUUUGUCGUUUAUCCAAUUAAAAACGAUAACAAAAUUGUUUAAAAUGCAAUUAGUCCUACGUAAAUAAAACCGUUGAUUUAUAAAGUCAGUGUAAAAUCAAAGAAAACUUAAAAAAAGUAUUUACUAAAAAUAUUUAAGGUCAUCCCGUUCAAGAUCUAGAUCCCAUGAAAGAUUACGUAGACUGGAAAAGUUGGAUGAUAGAUCCAGUUCAGAAUCUGAAAAUCACAUUUAAUUAGAAAUAUAGAAUCUUGAUGCCAAUGAUGAGAUUUAAUAAGAAAAAGAGAAUGAUUAGAAUGGAGAGUAGAAUUAACAAUCAGAAUAAUAGUAAAAUAAUGAAUAAAGGAAAGAUGAGGUGCAUUAAAAUAAAGAAAUCUGA